AUGACUUCUGUUAGUGAAGAACAAAAGUCACCUUCUAAAUUUUUACAAAAUGGGAAUCAACAAAUAUCAAAAGUUCAAUUUCAUCUUGAUGAUUCUCAACAUAUCGAUGAUACUCAUGAAUCAUUAGAUAAAUUUCAUGAAUAUUCAACUUAUUCGAAUAAUCAUUCAUCAUCAUCAUCAAUGGAUUCAACAACAAAUGGAACAACACUUCCUACAAAAACAUCAUCGAAUAAUGAUAAUAGAUCAAUGUGGAAACGUUCUACGAGAAAAAUGUCUGGUCUUACAAUGGGAUCAAAUGGUUUACGACCAUUAAAUAUGACAUCACCCAAAGAACUCUGUGAUCUAUUAGGUGGAUCGCGUGUAAUUAAUAAAAUUCUUAUUGCAAAUAAUGGCAUUGCAGCUGUGAAAUGUAUGCGUUCAAUUCGACGUUGGUCUUAUGAAAUGUUUCGACAGGAACAUACAAUAAAAUUUGUUGCUAUGGUUACACCAGAAGAUAUGAAAGCAAAUGCUGAAUAUAUUCGAUAUGCUGAUCAUUAUGUUAAUGUUCAAGGUGGUCCAUCACAUAUGAAUUAUUCAAAUUGUGAACUUAUUCUUGAUAUUGCUAAACGAUUUCUUGUUGAAGCUGUUUGGGCUGGAUGGGGUCAUGCGUCAGAAAAUCCAAAAUUACCUGAAUUACUUCAUCGUCAUGGAAUAAUAUUUAUUGGUCCAUCAGAACAAGCGAUGUGGGCUCUAGGAGAUAAAAUAGCUUCGACAAUUAUUGCACAAAGUGCUAAUGUACCAACAUUACCAUGGAGUGGAUCUCAUCUUAAAUUUGAUUGGAAUGAAGAAGAUCAUGAAAAUAUUCAUGUUCCAAUGGAUCUAUAUGAAAAAGCUUGUGUUACAGAUGCAAAAGAAGGUGUAGAAAUUGCUAGCCGGAUUGGUUUUCCAGUUAUGAUUAAAGCAUCCGAAGGUGGUGGUGGAAAAGGAAUACGAAAAGCAACAAAUCGUGAUGAAUUUGAGACGUUUUUUCGACAAGUUUAUGUUCGUCGUUCUUAUAUAUCGUAUGAUUUGAAUAGUAUUCAACAUCGAUUUCUUUCGGAUGGUACUUGUGCUGUUCAAUUUUCAUUAUAUCUUCCACUUAAUCAUCCUAAUCGAUUAUUUGAACAUGAAAAUAUGGCAAGAGCUAGUAGUUUUGCUGAUGACUUAACAAAUUUAAAUAAUACGGAUUCUGAUUUAUUUCAACGUAUGGGUAUAUUAGCUGCUUUUGAUAGUUGGGAACGUGCAAAAAGUUCAUUUGAUGAAUUAUUAACACCAUUUUCUCCAACAUAUUCUGAUGAUUUAUCAUCAUUUACUGAGAGUAGAUCUGUACGCGCAUAUGGUCGACAAAGUUCAUGUGAUAGUCCUUUAAUACGAACACAGAAUAAUAGAAUUGAUGAAGCAGUUAAUUUAAUAUAUGUAUUUAUUAAAGAUGAUGCUAAUCUUCGACAAAAUUUAAAACUUGAAGAUGUUUUUCUUGAUUUUGUACAAUCUAAACGUGAAGUUUGUAAAGCAAAAAAUAUUCGUCGAAUAACAUUUUCUCUUGCAGCUAAACGUCAAUUUCCUGUAUAUUAUACAUAUCGAAAACGAUUAAAUUUUAAAGCAGAUAAAAUUUAUCGAAAUUUAGAACCGGCACUUGCUUAUCAACUUGAAGUUUAUCGUUUACGUUCAUUUGAUUUAGAAUUUGUACCAACAUCAAAUCAUAAAACACAUAUUUAUUUGGGCAAAGGAAAAGUUCAUAAUAAACAACAUGAUGCUGUUGAUCAUAGAUUUUUUGCACGUUCAAUUAUUCGUCAUUCAGAUUUUAUAACUAAAGAANAACGAAAGGCCUAUGGGCCCUUAUCUUUUUGGGGUUUUUCAUAUCUUACUGGGAUCUACCUUAUGCACAGAGUUCGAACUCAAAACCGAUUAAUCACUUCGGGUACCUCCCUCGUUAGUUUAAACGUAUCGCAAGUUAAAAUAUAA